UCAUUGGUUUGCUUGCUUUUUGCAAAGUAUCAGAAGUAGAAUUGUUCGUAAUUGUCGCUCACUCGAGCCGAGUAGAAGUGUCCUAGUAGAAACCACCCAAGGCAGGAAGUUCUAGCAGGAGCUAAGUUUCCCAGCAGAAUACACAGCAGCGCAGUGAAGUGUUCUGACAAACGAGCUCAGCAGUCACAGUUCGUGGUCGAAUUUUUAAAAGCAAAAAGAAAAGGAUAUCCUUGCCGGUUGGACUCGAUUCGAGAGUAGAGCAUUAGACGUGACAAUUCCGCCGAAACUGCAAUUUCGCCAGUGUGUUUGAACAAACUCCCCAGUGAAAGGCGCCGCAUACUUUGCAAAAGUUUUUCUGAACGAAAAAUAAAAACGCGAGCAAUAACAACAAGUAAAAUAGGCAGUGGUUUUUUGUCGGGUGAAUCGAAAAACGUGCAUCUUUCGAAUAGUACCAGAAAAAUUCAACAGAAAUCCCAGUCAACCAGACAGAGUGCAAUGAUGGCCGUUGCUGCUGCUCAGAAGAACCGUGAAAUGUUCGCCAUCAAGAAGUCCUACAGUAUUGAGAAUGGUUACCCAUCCCGCCGUCGCUCUCUGGUGGACGACGCCCGUUUUGAGACCAUCGUUGUCAAGCAGACCAAACAAACCGUUCUGGACGAGGCCCGAACAAAGGCCAACGAUUCUUGUUUGGAAAACUCCGUUCUACAGGCCCAAGAACAGCAUCCACAAGUAGACGAACUUUCAUACGAACCGGAAGUGAACCGAUCCAGUAAUGACCAGGAUGAUGAAAAUGACGCUGGCCUAACGGAGGAAGAAGUUGUGCUGCAAAAUGCCGCUUCCGAAUCGCCCGAGGCCGAGAAGGAGGUUGUUCGGGCCGCCGUCGUAGUCCAUCUGCGCGAUGGCAUGGGCUCACUGGGGCGUAUCCUGAAGGCGGUUGAAACGUUCCACGGCACCGUCGCCCACCUGGAGUCGCGUCAGUCGCGCAGCGAGGGUGUCCUGUUCGAUGUGCUCAUCAAGGUCGACAUGGCCCGUGCCAAUCUGUUGCAGCUGAUCCGUUCGCUGCGACAGACAUCCUCAUUCGGCAGCGUUAGUGUGCUGUCGGAGAAUAACGUCAACGUGAAGGCACCGUGGUUCCCGAAGCACGCUUCCGAGCUGGACAACUGCAAUCACCUGAUGACCAAGUACGAACCGGAUCUGGACAUGAACCAUCCCGGUUUCGCGGAUCAGGUAUACCGCGCCCGUCGGAAGGAGAUUGCCGAAAUCGCCUUCAGCUACAAGUUCGGAGAUCCAAUUCCUCACAUCGACUACACCGAAACCGAGAACAAGACCUGGUCGGCGGUGUUCAGCCGCGUCAAGGAACUAAUGCAGAAGCACGCAUGCAGCGAGUACAUUGUCGUAUUCAAGAAACUGGAAGAGGAAAAGAUCUUCGUUAGUCACCGCAUUCCACAGCUGCAGGAGAUGAGCGAUUUCCUGCGCAGAAGCACCGGUUUCACGCUACGUCCGGCGGCCGGACUACUGACCGCUCGGGACUUCCUGGCGUCGCUAGCCUUCCGCAUCUUCCAGAGCACACAGUACGUGCGACACAUCAACUCGCCAUACCACACACCGGAACCCGAUUGCAUCCACGAGUUGCUAGGCCACAUGCCGCUGCUGGCCGAUCCAAGCUUUGCUCAAUUCUCGCAAGAAAUCGGAUUAGCCUCGCUGGGAGCAUCGGAUGAAGAAAUUGAAAAGCUGUCCACGGUCUACUGGUUUACCGUCGAAUUCGGUCUAUGCAAGGAGAAGAAUGAGGUCAAGGCCUACGGUGCCGGUCUACUGUCCGCUUACGGAGAACUGCUGCAUGCCAUCAGUGACAAGCCCGAGCACCGCCCAUUCGACCCGGCCAGUACCGCUGUCCAGCCGUACCAGGAUCAGGAAUAUCAGCCCAUCUACUAUGUGGCCGAAAGUUUCGAAGAUGCCAAGGAAAAGUUCAGACGCUGGGUCUCGACUAUGUCCCGUCCGUUCGAGGUGCGCUUCAACCCACACACCGAGCGUGUGGAAGUGCUCGACUCCGUCGAUAAGCUCGAAACCCUCGUAUCACAGCUCAACACCGAACUCCUGCAUCUGACGAACGCGAUCGCCAAGCUGCGACAACCGUUCUGCUAAGUUCCAAUUGAAGAUAGCUUCCAUCAGGCAGGGCGCCUACGGACUCUUGCCCAGAUCCGUUAGCGUUCCGAACAUCGCUACGAUCUAGGACCAAGAACAAGCAACGCCUGAGGGCGUGCUGCAUACACACAGCCAACUACGAUCGACAAUAUUCGCAACUGUAUUACACCUUACACACCACCACGUGGGUCUGGCUGCAAAACAAUUGCAACAGGACAAUUAACAGUAUUUUGCUAUAUGCUCACCCAUCCUAGGACGCUAGGAUGUUUGCACUUCCGAGUCCUACAGUAGAAACAUCACAAACCUCGAAGCAGCUAACGUUCAUAUUUUCCGGAGAAUAUGAACGCCCCCCGCACAGCAGGAGCAACCCCCGCAAGAUCGAUCGUUUAGAUCCUCGAAGCACUUCCAGGCCAAACUUUUGGAAAACGAACAAAAUUUCGCGUUCUGAAUGUGUUAAAAAAAACCAGCGAAAUUUUUAACCGCGCCAAAUUUAGAGUCCUAAGCCCCUGCUGCAUCCCACCCCCCGUCCCUGAGCCCCGUUUCAACAUGUCCCUAUUGUACGUCGUUCAUUGUAGAGUAGGAAUAUUGUUUGUUUAGGAAGCCUAUCUUUUAUUUAAAGAUCCUAACUUAAGUAUUAUUUACUAUUUAAACUAGGGUAAACUUAAAUUAUUCCACACUUCAUUUUUUUGUGCUAGAACGUGUUGCAGCUUCUUCUCUCAGACCGGUUAGGGCACCUUAUAUACAUAUACGGCAGGAAACCGAGCCGAGUUUCUUGACUAGUAGGAUAGGGAUCUGGUUAUUAUUGAAUGCUUCUACUUUCGCAAAAGAGUGACUGCUUUUGUGACAAAACACGACCGGGAAAGAUGAUUAGUGAUCAGAUUCGUUACUUUCCUACCAAAGAGCGAUUCGGAUGUAGGCUUCCCCAGACAGACUAGGCAGAAAGGUUGCGCGCUUUGAUAUUGGGGAAAAAUUAAGACAAAAAGCCAGCCUGCGACCAACAUUCCUCGAAUGUCGUUUAUUUCACGUUUUUUUUAUUAUUUUUUAUUAUGUGAAAAACAUAUAUUUAUAUUUAUACAAUUAUGCACCCGCGUAAGCAAGCAAUUACCAAGACGAAAGUGUAAUGUACAUUUUAGAAAAAAAAAUCACUGAUUAAAAUUCACCCUUACAAAAAAACCUAUAAAUUGCUAUCUCUCUAUCAGAGUUUUAAACAAAAAACUGCAAUCACAUAGUAGGUGUCUAAGCUACUAAGCGUUAAAAAGCAACAUUCUACAUAGAAGCAACAAACGUAUGUGUCUGCGAUAUUGUGUAAGAUUUUAAGAUGAGCGUUAUUUUAUCCUGACGAUUGAUUGUAAGUACGCCAGCAAGCAAACAAAGCGAAUGCCGAUUUAUGAUGAUGAGAAAACUAACUAAUGAAUGAGUCAAAUAAUCAGUAUAGAGAAAAAAUGAUAACGCAAAGUUUUGUUUUCGUAAAUAUUUCCAUUUCCCUCCAUCUGUGUAACACAAAAACAAACAAAAAAAGCUGUGAGACCGUUUCGGAUGAUCUCCGCUUUUCUUCCGUCGUUGAAGAAAGCACAAAAAACUGCAAAUACACCACUUUCAUGUUGCUAAAUUUUUCUGCCAAUUUUAUGUUUCGAUACUCACUAGUUGUUCAAAUAAUAUAAACGAAAAUAUGUAAAGUAAAGAUAAUCAGUGAAAUGUUCCACAGGUGAAGCUUGAAUGAGUCAAAGUAUUUACGCUGAUUGUUGAGCCAUUGUACGAAAGAUAUUUUGAGUAAUAUAGAAGCAAAAAGUAGAAUGAA